AUGUCGGCCGUGAGAAGAAACAGCGACUCCGUGGCGAAAACGCCCACAGCGCCCGCGUCAGUGACCCUCUACAACACCGCAGUGCGCUCGUCCCUGAACCCGCGCCCGGUGAUGCUGCGUGUCCCUCUGCGCACACCGAGCCGUCACGAGGCGCGGGACGGAGAUGCGGACGAUGAUGCAAGCUUUUUGCACGCGGCUGAGCCGCAAACUGGUCGUGCCCUUACAAUGGACAGGAGUAGCGGCAAGAAGACACUGCGAAGCGGGGACGGGCGCGAGGGCGCCAGCUUGAACUUUGACCGCACGAGCCCUUCGUUGAUGUCGCCGGCACCGCUGCCGCUGUGGCCGCCUGCGUCAGAGGCGAGUGCCGCGCCAGUCCCAGCUGGAUGCCCCGCCAGGGCGCCGUCCUCACCACCGGCCGCUCCCCGUCGCAGCACUAGCGCCGUGUUGGUCUCGCCCCGACCAUCCCCGCCGAGCAAGGGCAGCGUGGCGGCGGAGCGGCCGGCUGGGCACGUGUCUCCUUUUGCCAAAGUCCUUCCUGCUGCCUCGAAAGUGCGACGGAGAACUGGCGGUAAAGGAGGCUCUGCGGAGGUGCGGAAUUUUCUCCAAGCCGUCCCUCCGCGCCCCCGGAUAACAACUCCACUACAACAUCUCCUAGUUUAUAACAAUGAGGCGCAGCGGCAGAGUGAGGGGUCUGCCGUCGGUAAUGCAGACCUUGCGCGGCAAGGGAGUAGGACGCCCUCGUGCAGUGUGGCCGCGUCUGCGUCGUCGCUGGCGGAUGAGGCGCAACUACGCUCAACCUUCACUGGAGGAGGAGGGGGAGACCUGCGUUCACAGCUGGAUCCCUGCCGCACGUCCACGACGUCGCUCCAGUUUUCUCUACCUCGGGAUGAGAAGAGCAGCUCCUCCACCGACUCUACGCUUGCCGCGCAGAUUCCUUUCCGUAACACCCGGCGACGCCGCCAGGGAGGCCGGAUGUCUCCCUUUUCGAACCGGAGGGUUGUCUUCUCCCUGGCGCUGGAAAACGAGGACAGCAGCACCUCCGACGAAGAUAUUCGAAACGGUAUUGGCAAGGCAACCCCGCGGCCGGCGCUGCGCCCCUAUUCUGUGCCCGUUUGUAGAACGGCGCGGGCUACAUGUGACCCUGCGGAUAACGCGCGGGCGUCUCCUACCUUGCACACCUCUACCGCUGAGCCUGUGCGUCGGCCUCGGUCCGCAACUCCUGCCAAGGCUGAGAUCAUGAGGGCGUAUCAUGCGCUGCAACUACAGAAGGAAACGCUGGUGCUGAUGGAUUACGAGGAGAAGGAGCGUCGUGAAAUAACUACCGCCUACGUGCACGCCACACGGGGGAUACUUGUAAACCACACCUUCCAACGCUCCUUGCUCCUCACCCGGGAGGAGGAGACGUUGCCUUCACACUCACCUCCUUGUAAAGGGGCGUCCUCAUCUUUAGAGUCGGAAACAAAGAAGAGAAAAGCCCUGCUUAAAAAGGAAGGAAAUACGACGUCGACGACGACGACGACGACGAAGGCGGCGGGCUCAAAACGGGCCGCGUCACCGCAGCAAUCCUUUAUCGCACGCACGCCCGGUCUCCGUCCAGUGCAGUCAACCCAGCACCGCUGUGUGGCCGUUGCCGAUGACAAAAGUGCCCGGGAGAAUUUGGCGCCUUCUUCUUUUCAGGGCAGCUCUCAUGCGCGACAGAUUGAGCGACGCGACAAGGGGCUAACUUCCACGGAAUCUGCAGUUGGUACACGUCACAUCGUCUGCCCCAGCAUUUCUUCUGGGACUGAAUCUACUCUUCUGCUAGAAGUUAGUGAAAAUAUGAGUCAAAUUCCCUAUGCCAUGCGCCUUGUUGAGGGACGACUUCUACGUUUCUUCUCAGCAGAGCCCAGCGCUAGGCAAUGUGUAGUAGAGGAGGAGGCCCAAGCGUUUCAUUUUCUCCUACGCUAUCAUCGCCUUUGUGAGAACGCAUUUCAACCCUCUGUCAUAUAUUUACAGGAGGCAUGUCAGUGGCAAAGCGUCUUGACAGAGGCAAAGAAUGACUUUUAUCGCCUUCAGGAAGCUCGACUUGAUUGGGAGCUUCAGCAGAGUAUUGAGUUUGCCCGUGCCUGUGCGCAAAACGUGGCUGCGCUGGUAGAAGCGGAAAACCACAUCCGCUGCAUGCGUAUUCAAGAGUCCGAGGACGAAGAAUACCGUCAGUUGGUACGUAUUUUCCGUUCGGGGUUGGCAGCACUUGUAGAGCUGGAGAUGUGCAAUCAGCGACGCCAGCUGCGGGAACGCGAGGAAAAGAUGGAAACUGUUGUCGUUCAGGAGAUGCGGGAGCGGGAGGAGGUGUGGACGGCGGAGCUCCGGCGGAGAGGCACGCUCUACGGCAGGUUUGAGGCUGAAUCCCAUAUUCGUGCAUCGUGUCUCUGGGAUGCUCCACCCCCCGCCCACGGGAGUAGAGAAGGCGCGGCGGUGGAUGCGUCGAUUGAGUUGAGCGCCAUUGCGGGAGUCCACGAUGACGACCACUCGUGUGCCAGCCACGCGGAGGCCCUUUCUGCAGCGCCCCUGGCGGGGGCGACGUCGACUGCAAAGACACCUUCAACCAUACAAUCUGUCAACAGCAUCGCGGCCCAGCUUCUUGCUCUUUCCGCUGCCGAAUAUGACGCAACCCGAGAAGCUACUUGGUCGCGGGGCGCGAAACAGGUUGUGCAUGCUGAACGCGAGUUCUUUGAGUGGAACCCGACCUCAAACACUCUCCCCACCACGACGAACAAUACAACGACAGGGACCACCACACUUGUUGUGGGUGGUGACUUGCAUUCGGGGCAUAACACCUCAGCUGGUGCUCAGGGGAAGCGGCAGCGGCCAUCCUCGCCGCAGCUGUGUGGAAUUCCCUGCACCAGCACGACUGCUUGCUCAGGUUUCUCUUCUCAGCAUGACGCCUCCACUGCGGCCGAGGCGGCUGGUGUGGGUCAAACCCAACGUGACGAAACAUGCGGCAAUGCUCCCGCAGCCGUGUAUGACGGCGGCGCCGAUGCGUCUGUAGAAGUAUUAGAUGUAACUGCUGACUCAUCGGGGAUGCACGUCUCGGUGCAAUCGAAUCCGAGCUGUAAGGCGUUGCGCCGCGACGUUGGUGUCUCGGUGAAUUUGUGGACCCCUGACCCCUCGCGCGGAGGGGGUGAAAGGCAUACGGCACCGCGGAACCGGCACAUCGUCCCGUGCUCUUUGAGGCGCCAUCGACCCUAUGACGAACAACGCGACGAUGCCACACCGCUGUCUCAGCGUCAUGGCAGCGGCGGCCGUCCACACAUGACGUCGUGCGGCACGCAACUAACUCCGCCCACGCGACGCCCCUAUAGAGAUGACGUUAUUUUUGAGCUGGCCCCACGAAAGCCCUCUGCAACGGCCACAAACAGGGAAGGAAGCCCUGCAGAAGCAGUGGCGGGGUUGAGGAAAGAAUUCUCCAAUGGACCGGUGAGGACGUCUUCGUCAUCCGCGGCGGCGCCCUCUCGAGGGAAGGAAGUGCUGCGAGAAAAGGAUCCUCAGGAGUACGAAACUGGAUUGGGUGGCGGCGGUGCGGAAGACCUUGAGCGGCUUGAGGUCCUUGAGGGCAUGGAGGACUGGAGUCAAACUCCAGACGAGGCGGAGGCAGACGCAUCAACGGGGGUUGCGGAGGCACUUCUGGACGAGGGGUCGCCAUCGCUUCAUACCCCCAGCACAGCCUACUCGACGACAGCAGACUUGGGGACGCGAGAAGAGCGCAGCGGUGCGCUAUCUGCGGAGCACACGCGGCGUGAGGGUGACACCGUCCCUGAGUGUUCGCUUUCCACCAUGUUAGACGCGACUGCGGCGGUGAGCGUCGACCCGUACGAAGUGGGCGCUCAGCGGCUGAGGCAAAAUCCUGCUACGACGGCGGAGGAGGUAACCAGCCUUUCCUCCCCCUCCUCCUACACCCGUAGCAUGAGCCAAAGUACAGGUUUUAAUAAGUUGUCCGCCAGAAACUCUCACGACGGUCAUUGCACGCAUGACGGAAAAAUGCCGGAUGCUGCGUCUUACGCGUCACCCACUGGAGUCGGAGGCAAUGUGUUUAGGGAAACAGGGAAAGACGCUGUGGUGUUCUACUAUCCCCCAUUCAACUACAUGCGUCCCACGAUGUCGUGGCGGCGGCAACACGAAGGGCUUGAGUGGCCAACGAAGCCUUUUACGUCGCCGGCGCGUAGCCGUAGCGUGAGAUCAAAUCGUAGCGGGCAAGCAGGGCGCCAGCGACGGUGGAAAGAAAGCACCCCGGCGCAGGUGACGCGUGUCCCUUUCGAAGAGGGUCCUGGUGUGUGGGGAGAUGUGGAGCUACCGCGUAGGCCGUUUGGCUACGACGCUUCAGGCAGCAGAGCCUACGCAGUAACGAAUGCCGUUUCUCAUUCAAUGCCUGUCGCCACCACCAUCGCCUCCCCGCGUCAACGGCGCGAUGCGGCUUGUCGAUUCAUGGCGGAUGGAAGUGCGAGCCGCAGUCCCUCACAUGCAAGGGGUUCUGUGCCGUGCCGCACGAGUGAGUCUCCUACGGCGGCAAAGGCAAACGCAGAGUCUGUGGAAAAAAAACUGAGGAGUUUUUCGACGAUCCGGCGACCCUGGCGCAUCUUAGUGGAAUCAUACAGCGGAGGUCUGUCUCGCCACGCCAAACCGGUCCGGCCGCGAACGUUUACACGGCAUUUGAUACUCCACGGUUGCGGUCGACGACGCCUUCCUACGUGGAGGCCUUUUACAAGCUUGACCGCGAGGUGGCAGGGCGAAAGCGCUUCCUUGCGUCCCUGCGUCGUAGUUCGACGCUGCUGGAGCUGCCUCGGUCCGCAGCGGAGGCGACCCCACAUCGCCAGCACCAACAACAUCAUCGCCGACGCAGCAGUGAUGGGAACGCUAGUGGCCGUGAGCUGGCGCUCUCCCCAGGGACUUCCUGCGGCGACUUUACGCGUUCGCCAUGGAGCCCCAAACCGAAACCAUGGCACUGAGGCGGUGCACACACAUACGCACACACACGUAUAUGUACAUAUAUAUAUAUAUAUCCAUACAUAUAACGAGGACGCCUGA